AUGAAAUUCUCGCCAAACGAUAAAGUUUGGCGUCCAAACGUAUGGCGAGGCCGGGUUUCAGACUUGCCAGCAGCCACUUUUAACUUUUCGGAGUCUGCAUGUGGAGGGAGCCGGUGCAAAAAGAAAAGCCUCGACGGCAGCAUCCCCCCACGGAUCCGGGGAGCGACGAGGGGGCACGCGCGCGGCGAGGGGGGCGCUAUUGACCUGUCGCGGUCGAUAGCCGGCGUCUGGCGCCGUUACCUCCUGACCAGGGUGGAAGGUAAGAUAGGUUCGCCGGAAAAACCUCUCAGCGAUCUGGGUCUGAUCUCGUAUCGUUCCUACUGGAAGGACGUGCUCCUCAACUACCUCUGCUCGAGGGCGGGUACCACGCUGAGCGUGAAAGACAUCAGCCAAGAGAUGGCGAUACACUCGUACGACAUCGUGUCCACGCUGCAAGCGUUGGGCAUGAUGAAGUACUGGAAAGGGAAGCACAUCAUCCUCAAGAAGCAGGACGUUCUGGACGAGUACGUGGAACGGGUGCAACGCAGGGGGUCCUUGCUGAAGGAGGUGGAUCCCACCUGUUUGAGGUGGACGCCGCCGCAACCUGCGUCCGUAUGA